UCCACUAGUUCAGCAGUGCAGCAAAGCAAUAGAAAAUAAAAUAUACUUAUUUCUUUGCAGACUGAUUAUUAUAACGCGCAAUUUAUAUGUAUACGUGUAUUAUUUAUCGUUUUCGCAGUAUCGUUAACGGUAUCGACAGUGUUAACCCUUUGUGUUAUGUUGUUAUUAAAAAAAGAAUUGUAUUUUCAUCAGUAUUUUAAGUAAAAAACACAAGUUAGGUUAGGUUAUUUUAGGUUGAACAUUUACUGUAAUAAUGCACAUUCCUUUAAGCACGUAAAUCAUAAACAAAUGUAAAAUGCAUAGUGAAAGCGAAGAAGAACGUGUAUCAGACUUUGAAGAAGAUUUUGCAAAAGAAUUACAUAGUUUGCCUCACGUUUUAAAAUUCAUACGUAAACUGCACGACUGUAUUAGAAAACAACGCAAGAAAAUUGACAAACUACAAAAGAGACUAAGUGAACAGAAACAACAAAACUUGCUCCGUACGAAACCAUAUAUAUCCCACUGUGGGAUUCAGACGGAUCCUUUAGAUUUUAAUAAAUCAUUACCACAGGCGUGGAGUAUUGGUCGUGAUGACGAGUCACUUGGUAUAGUAGAUCAAGUAAAGCAAGUCGCAGACGCAGCUUUAUUGCAGACUGGUUUUGUUUAUGAGCAGACAUCAGGAAUGUAUUAUGAUUAUAAUACUGGAUAUUAUUAUGAUACGAGGCAAGGUUUAUAUUAUGAUGGAAACACUGGAAUAUAUUACUACUAUGAUAAAACUAGUAAUACGUACCACGUCCACAGUCGAGUCUAUAUAAACGAGACUAGUCCUGUAAAUCUUCCAACUUGCCAAAAAAAGGAAGAACAAGAACGUGGGAAAACGUAUAAGGAUGACGUAAAAAAGCGAAAAUUUAUAAGUGAUGAAGAGACGUUGGAAAAUAAAGAAGAAAAAAAUAAAGAACCUGAAGAGGGCGAAUGUUCAGAAAGUGAAAAUGACGAUCGUUCUGACGAACGUAUUCCUGAGGUGUCCACAAAUAGCGAAAGUGAUUGUGAAGAACAAGAUUUAGCGAAAGGUUAUCCACCAUGUAUGAGAAUUAUUGUCAAGGAAACAGAUUUGGCAGAGUUAAAAUUGGGCUCCCUUUUUCUCGUGACAUGUACAGGAGGUUCCCUAGGUCGACAGGGAGAUCAUUCGGUGCUGAUACCGGAUAUAAAUAUUAGCAAGUAUCAUGCACGUUUUGUAUACGAUGAAACUGAAAAACAGUAUCGAGUAAUAGAUUCUGGUUCAAGAAAUGGUACAUUUAUAAAUGGCAUAAGAUUGUCGGUAGCUAAACAGGAAUCUGAGCCACACAAAAUAACGCAUGGAUCAGUUAUAAAAGUUGGCGGGACGAAAUUACUGUGCCAUAUUCAUGAUGGAAACGAAACGUGUGGCCAUUGCGAACCGGGUCUUGUUCAACGAGACAUCACGCUCACGGAAAAUAAAGCUUCGAAGACGAAACUUCACAAGGAAGAGUUGCGACGUCUGAAACACAAAUUCGGAAUUGAAAAGGAUAACGUUGUGUCUAGCAGUCACGUAGCUUCAGGUUAUCGAGAUAGAGCGCAAGCUAGGCGGCAGCAUGUAGGUUCCUCGGAUCCUUAUGCUAAGACGCAACAAAGUUCUGUUCACACAUCAAUAACUAAGGACAAUAAAGGAUUCAAGUUGCUCUCGAAGAUGGGUUGGUCCGAAGGUCGCUCCUUGGGCAAAGAUGGAGAUGGAAGGACAGAGCCCUUACUUAUCACGUGCAAUCACAACAAAGUUGGUCUUGGAUUAAAGAGAACGGACGUUCCUAACAUCGAGUUAGAUUCCAACAUGAAGAAGAAGCAGACAGUGUGGCGGAAGACACAAAAACGUUAUAAAGAAAUAGUGGAUUAACUUUUUGACGAAUGAAUAAUUAACUUACGGCAACAAACUAGUUUUAUAUAGCCACCUAGUCGCGCACUAUAAAAAAUUAAAUUAAUUUUUUAAAUUAAAAAGAUUCGUUUCGUGUUUAUGAACCCAAAUGAUAAAUAUCGAGAACUUUUCGAAACAUAAAAAUAAAUUGCGAUUUAAAAAGAGACUUUAUAACAAAAUGCAAAAUCACAGUGCAUUGGUGCACAUAAAUUCAUGUUGAAUUUAAUUCUAUAUUGCUGAAAGAGUCCUUGAUCGACUAUCAUAGCUAUUAUUUUCCACAUACAUAUUUGUAUAGAAUAAUGGAAAAUGCUAUUGAUAAUUAACUUAAUACGUGUGAAAUCUCCAUCUCACGACAAAUACAUAAUAUAUUUAUCAUUGA